UGUUUGUUGGACGCAUGAAACUUCAUGUUUGGUGAACAAGUAGCUCGUAGCAUAGUCUUGAUUUUCUUCUGUCAUCAUAUCCUAAUCCAGUGUGAGCGCAGAAGAGACGCAUAAUAAGGGCUGCAAAGCAGAACACACAGUAGUGCUUCACCACAGGUGAGCCGCAGAGCUAUCACAAAGCCAAACAACUACGGUACAGUCCCCAUGCGCUGCAGUUGGGCCAGAUGCGGCGAUUUUUAUUUUCUGUCGCGGCGUAUAUCACACAGCGGAUACACUUUUCCCAUAUAAACCAUGACUGUUGAACGACCUUAUUAGACCAUAAAGUAGGUAAGCAGGCUAACGUUACGUAAGUUAGCUAGGCUAGCUAACUAAUGCUAAUAGCUAGCUAACGUUAUGUCAGUUGUGAACAGUUUGGUCUGCUGUGCUUUUGAGCUAACGUAAACUACGUCUCGAUUUGACUUGUCUUGAGUGAAGCUAAAUCUUGAUUUGACUUGAGGUCUUGCUAGCUAUCUGUUAGUUCUGGUUGUUGUUGGUUCUGAUCAGGCAUAGCUAGCUAGCUUGCUAACGUUUGCCAUUCACAGCUAGCUAGCUAAUUAUAUACUGCAAACUACGUUAGCUAGCUAACGCUUGUCCACACUACCGGUAGUUUUCUAGCUAACUAACGCAGUUGUUACUUGUUUAGCUAACUAGCGAAAAUUGUCAAACGAAAGUUGUCUAGCUAACUAAAGUUAUCAAUAAUAACACCUAGUUACAUAUUUAGGUAGUUCAAGUACGUUAAUCUAGUUUGUUAACUAGCUAAUCUAUCCAGUUGACCACUAGCGACAGAUGAUGAAAUAUUAACGUUAGUUAGCUAUAGUAUGGUCAAUUAGCCUAGUUUUAUUGCUGACGUUAAUUUUGGGCAGGUCGAUGUGCUAUUAUGAGUAAACGGGUUUGUGUUGCCUAACGUUAUUUGGUUGGUUGAUCAUCUUUAGGUAGCUAACUACGUUAUCAGCUAAACCUCAGAUUACUCAAUGAUGGCCCCACUAAAUUGUAGCUAGCAAGCAGUUGUAGUGAUGUAUUAUUAACGUUAGCCUAUUGCUACCAAAGCUAAAUAGUGGUGUUUUGUUUGUCUUUACCUAGCUAAUACUUCUGCCCUCUCUUGACACCACAGACACGUAGCUAGGAUGAACAUUGAUGACAAGCUGGAGGGGAUGCUGCUAAAGUGUAGUGGGGUAGUGGAUGAGAGGGUGGGGAUAGGGGGAGGGGGUCUGGUCGUCAUGACCCUGGGCGAGAGGGGGUUAGCCCACCACCCCCUGUUAGCUGAUGAUGAUGAAGAGGAUGAUGACCUGACAGGGGUUUCAAUAGUGUCUCAUGACCUGAUUGCAACUGAUGAACUGAUGGUACAUGAGGAGACUGUGAAGAAUGACCGGGAAGAGGGAAUGAUGCAGAGACUCUCACACAAGCUGCCAUGCACGCUCCACAUGCCUGUGAGCAUCAAACAAGAGUUGAAGCUGUCUUCGGAUCCACUGAUGCUGGGAAAGAAAGAGAGAAAACAGCCCAGGGACCUCACAACAGAGUGUCACAAGAAGAAGAGAAAACAGCGCUCUCCUGCCAAGAUUCUCACCAUCAAUGAGGAUGGAUCAUUGGGUCUCCAGAGUCCAAAGUGUCAUGUAUGUGGGCACUGCAAUGCAGCCUUUCGAACAAACUACCAUCUACAAAGACACGUCUUCAUCCACACUGGUGAGAAGCCAUUUCAGUGCAGCCAGUGUGAUAUGCGCUUCAUACAGAAAUACCUUCUUCAGAGACAUGAGAAGAUACACACUGGUGAGAAGCCCUUCCGCUGUGAGGAGUGUGGCAUGAGGUUCAUUCAGAAAUACCACAUGGAGAGGCACAGAAGGACCCACAGUGGAGAGAAGCCCUAUCAAUGUGACUACUGCCACCAGUACUUUUCCAGAACAGACCGGGUUCUAAAGCACAGGCGUAUGUGCCGUGAGAGGAAAGCCCACAAGACAGCAGCAGCGGGGAAAGAUGGAGGACUCCUGAGCGACACAGAAUCUCUGAGCUUCUCCUUCCCUGCCAAGGAGUGCUCACUGCCCAAGAAGAAACGCCUGAAGACCUCAGACAUGUCUCAAUGUGCUCUCUCAGCUGCUGCCACUGAAAACGUUGCCACAGUCGCUUCUCUUAGCGACAUGGAUAGGGAGGUGGAGCAAAGACCGAGCAAAAUUGAAUGUCUACCUCUCUAUGUGGUUACCUCCAAGGUGGUCAAAGACGAGUAUGUGAUGGCAGAUUAUUCUGUGGCAGUUCCUGACUCAUCUAGUGGGCGGCAGUUGGGGCUGGGUGGGGGGAAUCUCUCCUCUGAGGAGAUUCAUCCUCCCAAGCUGGUCCUCAAGAAGGUCCCCAAGAGGAGUCUGAAGCAACCAACUGAACCUGAACCACCUGAGAGUUUGUCCCUUUUGUCCUCUUUCGAAGACUGCAAAGUCACCAGGUACACGUUUGAGAUUGUUGACAAACAAGGUCUUCUGGACGUGGAUGUGGCCAACUCUGACCUGGAGCCAGUAGACGCUCUACCAGGAGGGCAGACGAAACCAGCAUCCAGCAGCACACACUACGAUGAUGCCGUGCAGUUCCUGAAAAAGAAGAGGUAUCUCCAGCAGGUCGCUAUGGCCAACAACGACAACCGAGAUUACGCUGUUAAUGUAAGCAGCAUCGCGUCCCAGCCUUCCGCUGCACAAGUCGCAGUGGCCGGCGUCAUAGACGAAACCGUUCCCGCCACCAUCUUGGAACCCCAGCCGUUGAGCGUCGAGCUCAAGUCCAAUCACGACAAAAACGUGCUCCCGGAUGAGGUUCUCCAGACUCUCCUGGACCACUACUCAAACAAGGCCAACGUGCAGCCAGAUAUCUCCUUCAGUGUGGCCGACACUGAGGUGACAUCCAGCAUCUCCAUCAACUCCUCCGAUGUGUCUGAGGGCAGCCCGGUAGAAAGCUUGGGAGGUAACUCUCAAGCCCCAUCAGCAGAGAAAUCUAGCCUCCUGCACGAGUACUCCAAGUUCCUCCAGCAAGCACUGGAGAGGACCAGCCAGAACGAUAGCUACCUGAGCAGCCAGAGUCUUACCUUUGUCACCGAGAGCCCCAGCCUUUCCAACCAGCCUCUGUUCUCCACAGAGAAGCAGUACCCUUCCCCCAGCAGGUUUACCACUGGUACUGGUAGGUCAGGGAUGAACUCUCCACUAAGGUCUACCUUGGAGAAACCCCAUUUUGGACUCCUUGUAGGGGACUCCCAGCACUCUUUCUCAUUUUCGGGGGAUGAAACCACUACCUCGGCCGUGUCGCCAACCGAAGAUUUUCUGGAGGGAGUUGCGUCCUCGAAAAAGACUGAUGCUCAAGGGUUGCAUCAGACUUAUCAAAUCAGCACCUUCGAUCAGAACUUCCCGUCGCAGUUCCAGACCUCACGUUCUGGAAUCACCUCCCAAUUUACUAUUGCCAAUGGACAAGUCAGUCUGCGAAGUCACGGAACAGACUUCUCUGAAUUCCCCAUUGAGACAAGGUCUCAAUUGAACUCUUCCCCUGAUGCUACAAGCAGUCAAACGUUUGGUUGAGGAUAAUAUUUACAUUAUUCUUCGAUAAUUUUGAAAGGCACUUUAUACCCAUGUCCUCUGUCCUGCCAAAAUAGGUUACACUGCAAAGGUGGGUGUUGCUCAAAGCAUUUAAUGAUUUAAAAAUAUAUAAUUUUCUGUUAGAUUAAAGGGGUCAAUUUUGCGAAUCGUGAAAACAUAAAUAAAAUAAUGUAUAUGAAGCAAAACAUUAAAUUGGGUUGUUGGGGAAGAAACUACAGCCUGACCUAUGUUUUUUGGUGUAUGGUUCGGAAUUUUUUUUGGGGGGGCGGCAAAACUUAGUUUUAGAUCUACCGAUAUACAGCGUGGAAAUUAAGUGUCAUUUUCCCACACUGAAUUCUCAAAUUGCCAUCCAAAAAGGCAAUUGUCCAAUAACUAGGCUUCAAAUGUUGAUUUCAUACAUUGUGAUAAUGACACAUGAGAAUGGACACAAGUGUUCAGAUCAGCCCAGUAGUGAAAUGGAUUUGAUUGCAUAGUCACUCUAUUUUUGUCUCCAAUUUCAUUUUCUGCUUGACUUCAAUCAUGUUUCUUCCACAUUUUUAUUGCUUUAACUCUAACUAGGUAUCUGUGCCUGUAUUUAUAAAGUGUCUCAGAGUAAUAGGAAAGAUUUUAACUUACCCAAGAUAGACCAGAGCCUGUAGUUUGCAAUGGGCACAAAUUAAUCAUAGUGGGCAGAAAAAGCAAGGAGGUGGGCAGGGCCAAGCCCGAGCUAGUGAGAUCCUAUUGGCCUGUUCUAGCAUUUAUUUGCAUAUUUACGUUCGGGAACGCCUACACUGAAGUACGCGUGUGCUAUAACUCAAUUCGCCCUUAACUCCUAACAAACGCAAUUUAAAAAAAAAUAAAACAACUUUGGCGAAGGGUGAAGUCUACAAACCGCAGUCUAAUCUGUUGGAGAUUCUAGUUUUGGAAACAGAACUGUAUAAAGAUCAAAUGUUUAAUCAAUGAGAAAAUUAGUAGAAUGUCUGCCAAAAUCGUUCUCGCUCCAUCUUUUCCCACUGCCGGCCACUGAGCUUCCUUACAUCCCCAUAGUGAGUGGAAACACCAACCGGAUGCUUCACAAUUAUUUAUAUAUCUGGCUCAUUGUUUUAACUGUGGUAAUGGUGCUGGUCUAGGGCCAGUUUUGCCUUUUUGAUCAUAAUGUAUGGACAGGGGGGGCUGGUCCUAGAUCUCUGAGACCAUAUGAAGGGACCCUGUUACCAUGUGACAUGUUGGCAUAACAGUCCUGCUAUAUAACUGCUGAAUGUAGAGUUGUCCACUUGUUGAUUAUGUAUAGUUGCUUGCUAGACUCCUGUUUUCAAGUUGACACAAUGGUAAGAGUGGGUAUCCUCAUGGUGUAUAGCCUGAAAUAUAUAGUUUUGAUUUGAUCAUAUGAUGAUCACAAUAUUUUAAUUUGAUCAACCUUAAUUUGAAGUCAUGUUAUUCUAAGCUCUACCCCUGAAAGAAAUGUAUGGUUGAUGGUGUGAAAUCAAGUAUAUAAUUCAUCAUCAAUCACCAGAACUUAAUAGGUUGUUAUAAUGGCGAAGACAAAUCUAAACAUUUGAUUUUUCUUAAUAUUAAAUUGUUUGCACAAUGGACCUUAAGUGAGGUCAUGUGGUGAUAACCUCAUUCAGAUCUUUUUAGAGUUUAGAUUAUGGUUCAAAUGAAAACCGAAAUGCUUUGGUAUUGGUCAUAAAAAUGUUACACAUAUUUGAUGCAUGCACUUAUCAGGAAACAAAUCAUGGGUCAUUGCUUAUGUAUUAAUCUAAACAGUCAUAGGAUACUUGAAAUUCUUGAAGGGUUGGUACUCUUCGGGACGGUUUCCCAGUACCAGGUUAAGACCACAGGACGAAAAAAAAUCUAAAUGUAAAAUCUCCACAUCAAUUUAUUUUUAGUUCAUGCGUGGAAUGGGAAAUAAGUCUUUGAUUAUAUAUAAAAUAAACGUUUUGCACACACUUCA